AUGGAUUCUGAGAAGGUUGAAGAUGAUGACUCCCUUCAUCGCAUUCACUCCGAUCUUUCUUCUCUUCUCCAUCAGAUUGAUGAGCUUGUUGUGGGAGCGUUUAAACUGAAGAGUGUAAGCAAAGAGGGGAGAAAAGAAAUUGAAUCUUUCUCACAUGUCUUGUCUGACAUGCUCUCAUCUUUAAAGGUCAAAGCUUUUAUCUAACCGCUUUUGCGCUUCAUAUCUUUACAUUAUGAUCUUCUUAAGGAGGACGAGUCUCCACCAGUGAUAAAACUGUUCUUUUGUGACGAAAAAGUUAUGUUUUCGAAUUUGGAAACUCUUUGCAAAUAUACAAAGCCAUGGGUGCCCAGAUUUCAAACGGCACUUUCCUCACCCUCAGUACAUUCUGAAAGUCAGCAGCUUCAGGCUUUGAAAAGUACAUCAGUUUCUGAUGAUGUUGAUGGAGAUGAAAGCAAUGUCUGUGACUGUGACAGUCCUGAACAGGACACGUUGGACUCUUUAGUCUCUCCUUCUCCCCUUGUGUCAUGGAGGGCCAACUGUACCAUUCAGAGAGGUAGACAAAUGUUUAUGCUCACACCUCUUCCAAUAUCAAAGGCAUUAUCAUCCAAACACCAGAAACCAUCAUAUAAAUCAGAGUUCAAUAAAUUGGCGUCCUCCACUAAUGCUAUUGGGACAUCAACCUUUUUUGCCUUAUCAAGAGAUAUGACUGAUUUGCUGGACAGUGUUGUAACUGAGCCAACUCCAAUUAAGACUGCCCCUUCUGUUGUGAAUGAAGAGGAAAAUAAUGAAGAAAAUGGAUUAAUAUCUUCGCCACUUUUACCUAAAAGAGACACCUCCAUGCUUGUUAUGAUGACUCCUUGCUUAAAAAUGUCCCCUCCAAAAUCUUGUGUUUUGCUUGAACCCAUAUCUGAAAUCUAUCAUCUAGGUAAGGAGAAGGUUCGCAAGUCCACCCCCUUUCCUGUUGGGAUCCAUUACAGUGAUUCAGAAGAUUCUGAAUCUCCUAGUAGUGAUGCUUCACGGGGUUUGGCAUUGAAGUAUCCAGAGCUCUUAGGGAUAAAUCAGGUUUCUAAAUCAGGAGUUGGAAAGAAAACAGUAGAAGCAUCACCAUAUUGGCUUACCUCACCUCCUAAAACUUGUAUUUUGCUGGGGACACCUGAUGAGAAAUCAUUGGACUUGAAGAUAGCUGAGAAUGACUCACGUAUACAGAGAACUGAGUCCAUUCGUAAGCAACAAGUCAGCAAAUUGAAAGAUGAUGUUUCCAAAGACCACACUCAAACUAAAAACUCUUGUAACCAAGAGAGCACUCCCAUGUGGCAGGAGCCUAAAAGCUCGUUUCAAACGGGGAAACGUCCUGGGGAAAAUACUUUGAAGAAGGAAUUAUGGAAUAAGUUUGAAGCAGCAUCCACUUAUGGGUUUCAAUCCAAGUUACCCACAGUUCGAGAGGACACUCAGAAAGGGUUUCUUGACCUACUGGAAGAAGCUUCAUGUGAUGAAUAA